AUGUCAGCCAAUCAGAUUGACCGAACGAGAUUGCGAAAACUCCAGCGAUCUUCCCUUGGGACAUGGGUUCAAAAAGGAUUCGCCAGCAUCAUGGCAUGCCAAAUGAUGGCGCGCGGCGUCGAGCUGUUCACCCCGCCUCCGGUCCGUGCGUAUGUACCGACCGCCGUCCACAUCUCCCACGUGGACACCAAACCGAUCCGGUUCUCCAUCCACCUUCGCUGCGUCGACGACGGCAUCUUCACCUACUUCGUCCAAUGUAACCAAUUCCCCUUUCGCAAGUACCUCCACUUGACGAUCAAGAUGGCGCGGGAGCUGCUUCGACGAUUGCAAGCGUCCCCCGAAAAGCACGACGUCGGUCAUCUUCAGCUGCCUCACCCCAUUUUGGCCCGUCUACUUGUCGGCCGCCGUGACACUGCCCACCUCGUCCACGGAUUCCUGCAGGUUGUGUUUGACAGCCCACGCAUUCUCGCGGAUCCGGUUCUCCAUGAUGCGUUUGGACUCACGGCGUCCGAAGCCGAUACCCUCCUGGAAAUUACGUUCCUCAUGCAGGUAUGGCGGCAACGAGACGCGCAUCACCGCCACAAAGCCCUGCGCCGCGUUCGUUGUAUCGUUCACGAAAUGCAACGCCACGAUUGGGAGUAUGCGACCAUGAUUUGUCGCUUCCUUCAUCAUCAGCAAGCUUGCGACUGCAAUCACCCGCUUCGGCUUCCACUUCUCGUCUACGAUCACGACAUGGAGUUUCAUGUCGGCCUGCCCCACCACACGUCCCGCAUCCAUCGACCUGGUCAUGUCGUCGGGCCUGGAGGAAAAUGA